ACUGUGUCCAAUCAGGCUGGCUUCCUCUUUGAUGUCGAUGGUGUCCUGCUCCGUGGGGGCUCGGUGAUUCCCGCCGCUCAAAGAGCAUUGAGAAAACUUCUGGACAGAAAUGACAGGUUCCUGUUUCCUGUCGUCUUUGUCACUAACGCAGGAAGUUGUCAGAGACACCACAAAGCCCAGCAGCUGUCUCAUCUCUUUAAUGUCCAGAUCACCACAGAGCAGGUGCUUCUUUCCCAUAGUCCUUUGCAGCUGCUGAAGACUUUCCAUGAUAAAUGUGUCCUCCUAUCAGGACAAGGUCCAGUGAUGGAGAUCGCCAACACACUGGGUUUUCAGAAAGUUGUGAGCAUGGAGCAGCUCGCAGAACACCACCCCCUGCUGGACAUGGUGGACCACAACAGGAGACCAAAAUUACCUUGUAACAUGUGUUACUUUAUAAAGACAAUCUUUUUUACUUUGACUAUAACAUGCCAUGUUACUGUAGUGAUUAUACUGUUUGGGGAGCCAAUAAGGUGGGAGACAAACCUCCAACUGUUAAUGGAUGUGCUUCUGACCAAUGGGAGCCCUGGUCACAAGUAUGACACUGAGCUGUCGACACAGCUGCCAGUCCUGGCCUGUAACACAGACCUAAUGUGGAUGGCCGAGGCCCCGUCUCCCAGGUUUGGUCAUGGGAUGUUCAUGUUGUGUCUGGAGUCUGUCUACAGGAAGCUGACGGGUCGACAACUGCAGUACAAAGAGCUGCUGGGAAAACCCAGUCUGCUGACAUAUCAGUACGCUGAGCAUCUGCUGAAGAAACAGAACCAGAACCACGACAUCAAAACAAUCUACGCUAUUGGGGCACGUUUCUUGUUGGUGUGCACUGGUGUAUACAAUCCCCACCUGCCCUUAACUAACACCAAUGGCAUGAUGAUGGUGUCCCAUGAUGAUGGAGAUCUGGCUCUGAAACCACAUCUAAUAGAACCAUGUCAUAUCGUGGAGGACGUGGAUGCAGCCGUGGAUCUGGUGCUGCUAGAGCAAAACUCUUAAACCCUGAUCUGCAAGUUUGAGCUGCGACCCUGUUGACGCGCAGAGCUCUCACACUGUAUUUAAGGACUUGAUGUGUUUGGAGUGGACAAUUUCGGUUUUUAUUGUAAUUUAGCAAGCUUUCAGCAGCAGAGGUAUGAUAUUUGACAACAUCCUGUCCUCGUCCCAAGUUAAGAAAUUCAGUUGUAAAGUUUGAAUGAUUUUUGGAUAUGACACCUUCAACCAACGUGGUAAAAUCACAAGGAAUCCCUGCUACUGACAGAAUUGCCUUAGUAGAUAUUACCUUAACUUUAACCAAGUAAAAUUCACCAGUAAAACCAGUGUGAAGACUGUUCUAACAUUGUAUAAAGUUUACAUUUAACUUUCAUUCCCUAUCCAUUAAUUUUUUUAAUCUAAAUUCUUUGAGUUCCAUAAGUAAGAUAUGUGAUUAGUUUUGUUUUUCCAUAAAAUAUGAUCCGGAGAGGAUCCAAAAUUCAAACAAAGAUAGUCAUAGUUUAAAGUAAAAUAUAUAAUUAUUUCACUAUAUAUUGAAUUAUUUGCUAGUCCUGUGUUUCACAGCAUCAUGAAAUUGAGUUGAGAGAGCGCAUCGCGUCCUGAUACCAAAACCACCAUCCACCUUUGGAGGUUUUGAAGCAGCGGAAGGAAUAUGCAGAGAUAGAAUUUGUAUUUAAGGAAAGAAAAUUUGGCUCCAAACCCCGUUUCCUGCAAGGAUGAGGGGUCUUUUAUCCGGAGGGAACCGUGUUAUACGACUCGGUGGAGGAGGCGACCAGCAACAUGGAAAAAGGGGAUUCCAGGUAACGGUCAUCAAACGCACGGAGAUUUUAUUGGAGCAGAUCCGAAGAUUAUCAUGGCGCACAGCGAGAAAGACCAAUGACCAGAUUAACAAGGAUCAUAACCGGGACUAUAGUUAGAAACACCAAGUAUUCAGACGCCAAAAAAAAAAAAAAAA